GUGUGCCACUGGCUUAAGAUUCGACUAUGAAUACCGGCCUAAAUUAACGAUAACAGCUUACAUCGCACUCAAGGAAGACGAGAUAGAAGUAAAUUUUUACAGUAAUACAGAUUUGUGUAUAUGUAGAAUAAAUCAAUAAAUAGUGUUCGAUUGACGAAAUAUUGAAAAUUGGGAGCGACACAGCGAAAAUAUGUUGAAGCCGAAAGCUCUCACGCAGGUUCUCAGUCAAGCGAACACUGGAGGUGUGGAGAACACUCUAUUACUUAACAGAGAUGGUGGAUUAUUAGCAUACAGUGGCUAUGGAGAUAAGGAUGCUAGAGUGACAGCUGCCAUUACCAGUAACAUUUGGACUGUUUAUGAAAAAAAUGGGAGAAAUGCCUUUAAGGAAGAUGAGUUACAGUUUGUUCUAAUGGAUUGCAUGGAAGGAAAAGUUGUUAUCACAGAAGUAGCCAACUUAUUGUUAUGUUUGUAUGCAAAAGAAAAUGUAGGAUUUGGAUUGUUGCGGGAAAAAGCACAGGCAUUGGCUCAAUAUCUUGAUCAACCCUUAAAGACAAUAGCAAGUAUGCCUUAAGGGAAUCAUACUUGAUCUGUUUCAAUAUAUCUUAACAUUAUAUGUUUAUUCUGUAAUAUUUAUUUAUCAUUUAAGAACUUGUGAUUUAUACCAAUACUGUAUACAUAUGUAUAAAUAUAUUUUUAUUAAUUUUAAGAUA